AUGGAGAGUAAGAUCCUUCUCAUCGUUUCCUUAUGUGGUGUUUUUUUGACGCUAGUUGGAGCUCCAUGGCUCUAUAAUUGGUACAAACAUGGUGUGGAGACUGGGCAUGUUAUCGAAGUUCCCACAGACAAGCCACACUCGGUUUCGGAGAACAUGUAUCUCCCCACAAAGGUGCCCAAAUACAAACGGAUGAUGUCGAAGUGUGGUACGGUGGACUUCGGUGCCAUAGGCUGCAGCAUCUGUAAAGUAGUGGUUUCAGGGUUGCAGAACCUCGUCAGAAAGGAAAGCACACAGGAGGACGUGGUCGUCUUCGCCACAGAGAUCUGUAAACUAUUUGAGAUAGAGGAUAGCCGUGUCUGUAACAGCAUCACGGUACAGUUUAAGGAUGAAUUGUUUGGGGUGGCAGAGAGGCUGUCCCUCAGUCCACCACAAGCUUGUGGAAUUCUCCUCGGUACUAAUUGUGGAACACCUGAGGAUCCAAACGUUAUGUGGAAUGUGACUUUACCUAACACUCCGAAACCGCCUGUGACCCCACCAAAACCACCGAAGCCCGGAUCCCAAACACUCCGCAUGCUCCAUCUAACGGAUAUUCAUCUGGACCCAGCGUACAUGACAGGGUCAAACACAAACUGCGGAGAACCGUUGUGCUGCCGAAAAGAGGACGGGAAAGCACCGUCUGCAAAGGAUAAAGCUGGUCAGUGGGGAUCGCAUGCCAUGUGUGAUACUCCAUUUAUCACGCUGGACAGUUUGUUCUCUCACCUCAGCUCCAUACAGGACCAGUUUGACUAUGUCAUAUUCACGGGAGAUCUACCUCCACACAACAUAUGGAACCAGUCCCGGACGGAUCAGCUUACCUCCCUACAGACCUACACAAAGUUGUUUAAAAAGUACCUUCCCGACAAAGUUGUCUUUAACGCUCUUGGCAACCACGAAAGCGCCCCGGUAAACAGUUUCCCACCAGACUUUAUUACGGGUAACCAGUCCAUCAACUGGCUAUAUGAGGCACUGGCAGAUAGCUGGGGAACUUGGUUACCAAAGACUGCGCGGCAGGAUAUAUUAAGAGGUGCUUUUUAUUCAGUUUCCCCUAGUCCUGGUUUCAGAAUCAUAUCGCUGAAUAUGAACUUCUGUAACAAUGGCAAUUGGUGGUUACUUAUCAAUACCACGGACCCAAAUGGACAGCUUCAGUGGCUUAUAAGUGAACUACAGAAAGCAGAAGACAACAACGAAAAGGUUCAUAUGAUUGGUCACAUCUUCCCUGGGUCCAGUGACUGUUUAAAGGCUUGGAGCUGGAACUACUUUAAAAUUGUCAACAGAUACGAGAGUACAAUAGCUGGACAGUUCUUUGGACACAGUCAUUCCGACUUUUACGAGGUGAUGUAUGACAACGUCAAUUUCACUCGACCAAUCAGCGUCGUGUAUAUUCCAGGCAGCGUGACGACAUACUCCAAUCUCAAUCCAGGGUUCAGAAUUUAUGAACUGGACGGAUUUUACCAAGGCAGUUCUUGGGCCACGCUGAACUUUCAGAACUAUUUUCUAAACCUUACUGAUGUAAACGUGAGCAACAAGCCCAACUGGAAACUGGAAUAUGACGCCAAGGCUGACUUCAAUCUAACCAACCUUUACCCUCAGGAGUGGGACAAUUUGAUAUAUCGCAUGAAAAAUGAUGACAACUUAUUUCAGAAAUUUUAUAGAUACUACGUGAAGUCUGCUCCAGUUGCCAAGUGUAUCGGAGACUGUAAGACAAAGCUACUGUGUGAUCUACGGACAGGGCGAUCACAUGACCCCAGUCUCUGCGUUAAUAUAUGAGUAUCAAAAUUGAAGGAUUUUAUCAAAACGUUUGAGUUUUAUGGGGAGUAAAGUAGUUUUACCAAAUCAUAUCAGUGAUUAAUGAACAGUGUGGUAGUUUACUCAAGUACAAUCCAUGACAUUUUAUCAAAUAAAAUAUAUUGACAAAUACAACAUGAAUUUUCAAUGUGAUAAAUAUUCGUGGAGAUGAAAUGGCAGUCUGAUUGGCAUCUGGUGUCAUCCACUUAAUCCUUAACACAAUUGAUAUUUCUCUUUAUUCAUAUCGAGUCAUUUCAUAUGUGAGAAAAUGUGUCUACAUACCUGGUAACUCAUUUCCCUUUACUGAAAAUGUUUAUAGAAAUGUUGAUAAGACACCAUCUGUCUCUGUUAAGGUAAAUAAAGUGGCAAUUUAUGAUAAUUGUGAUAUUUUAAUCAGUUUUACAAAUUACAAAUUAUAUUUACAAUAUCGUUAUUUCACACAGUCCUUUAUUUUGUUUUAUUAUUGUGAAAGUAGUAAUCAACAUUCCGUGUUAAACCCAAAAGCCUUCUACACUGUAUGGCAUGUAAUUUGAAUUAUGUGACCCAUAGCUAGCAUGGUCUUAUUUAGUAUGUGAUUAGCACUCUAACCACAGUGCCGACCAUAAAUAUGUUUUUCCAUAAAUCAAUCGGUCAUCAAAUUAUUAAUGAAUGUAGUUUUUUUCCAUGCAUUGCCAAAAUGUAUAUUUAAAUUAUACAAAUAAUCCUCCAUGUUUAAGUCGCCAUACUUUUUAUUGUGUAUUUGUGCAUGAUCGCUUAAAAACAUUGUAAAAAUUAUACAACCCCUACCAUGGGCAAAACAUACCUAUUUCUAGAAAUUUGAUGCUUUAUUUAACACCUCACCAUCGAAGAAUGGAUAGUCACAAACUAUAAUAUUGCGUGUAUGUAACCACUUGACUUGUGAACAAUGCAAGAAAAAAUAAACUGUUUUGGCCAGCUGUGACUAUAGACAAAUGUUUUUGUUAAAGUACCUCCUGAUGUGUAGAUAGUUUGUACAACAGCAAAACAGACUUUAUAUUUUACUCAUGUUUCUGAAUUUUUGUACAGUUUGUAUUACAAUUUGUAUUAAUUCUUUUCAUUUAAAAUAUAUAUAGCAUGUACAUACAGCAAAACAGUCAUUUUAUUUUACUUUAAGCUCAACUUAUAUUCAUAUUGUGAGGCUAUCAUUUGAAUGCAAGAUGCAGCUUUUCAAAGGAAAACAAUACAAAUCAAAUGGACUCAAUUAUAUAUAAUAUUAUACCUAUCAUCACUUCUAGCUCAUGUCUUUGUAUCAUGUCACUCUAUCGCAUGGAGCCAGACACAUUUGUGAGUUUAUCUGGUAGUAAAUUUAGCAGAGUAACUCUAAGGAAUAUAAAAAUCCAUUGGUGUCUAAUUUCUGAUGGGUUGUUUUAAAUACAACACAAAGUUUAGUCAUAAAUGCCAUCAAAUUUAUUGUUAACAUUAACAAAAUAUACCAACUUUUCCCACUACUAUACUUAGUACGCUACACAAAAUAUAUCUACUUUGAUAUGAACAGUUUUAACAAUACACAAUUAUAACUAUGUCAACUGACAUGUUUAACACACAUUUUCCAUCUCUGACCAUAACACUUUACCCGACAACAAAUAAUUAUAUUCCCUAAUCUUGAAAUGGCAAGCAUGAGGAAAUUUUCUUUGUAAAUAUAUAAGAGUAUAUA